AGUUAGGAAGUCGCGAUGGGGCUGCGCUGAGCUUAAACCCUUGGCGGAGCGUGGGCUGAGGGCCGGCCGUGGCUGCUGAGGCCCGGGCGAGCGUGGAGCGGCUUCUAGGACCGUGCGGGCGAGGCCUGGAAGUGUGCGCCUCUCGUGCUGGCGUCGCCCCGCUUCUAGGCUAGGACCCGCCCCCGCCCUCGGCGCCCGGGACCUGGGGCGCUCUGCCGCGCUGCCCCGCCACCCCGCCGGUCUCUGACAGCUGGGAGGAGCGGAUGUGCGGCCUUGAGGACAACAACGUCCGCCAGCGUCUUCGCGACCCUCAACCAGGCUGCCUGACACUGACGUGGAUGAGCCGGUUCUGAAUCCUCAUGGAGAAGUUUGGGAUGAAUUUCGGGGGCGGCCCGAGCAAGAAGGACCUGCUGGAGACCAUUGAGAGCCAGAAGAAGCAGCUCAUCCAAUACCAGGCACGUCUCAAGGAUGUGGUCCGCGCCUAUAAAAGCCUUCUGAAAGAGAAAGAGGCCCUAGAGGCCAGCAUCAAGGUGCUGUCGGUAUCCCACGAGGCGGAUGUGGGCCUCGCAGGUGUCCAGCCUCCAGGCCUCACCUGUCCUGACUCUGUGGAUGACCGAUGCUCCACUCACAGCGAGGAUAGCACUGGGACCGCCACCAGCUUGGAUACCACGGCCAGUCUCACUAGCACCAAGGGUGAGUUUGGGGCAGAAGAUGACAGACUGGCCCGUGGACCACCACCUCUAAAGUCCGAAGAGGCUAGUGGGUCAGAGAGUGGUGUUAGCAGUAGCAGUGGGGAUGGACAGUCUAUGGGUGGGGAGGUGGACAAACGAUUGCACCAGCUGAAGACUCAGUUGGCUACUUUGACCAGCUCUUUGGCCACAGUCACCCAGGAGAAGUCCCGCAUGGAAGCUUCUUAUCUGGCUGACAAGAAGAAGAUGAAACAGGACUUAGAGGAUGCCAGUAAAAAGGCAGAGGAGGAGAGGGACCGUCUGGAGGGAGAAUUGAAGGAGCUGCAGGAGCAGAUAGCAGAAACCAAAGCCCGACUUAUCACGCAGCAGCAUGAUCGGGCCCAAGAGCAGAGUAACCAUGCCUUGAUGCUGCGUGAACUCCAGAAACUGCUGCAGGAGGAGAGAACCCAGCGCCAAGACUUGGAGCUUCGGUUAGAAGAGACCCGAGAAGCCCUGGCUGGGCGGGCAUAUGCUGCUGGUCAGGUGGAAGGGUUUGAACUGCAGACGAAACAGCUGACUCUUGAGGUGGAGGAGCUCAAAGGUGAGCUGCAGGCUCUUCGAGAUGAGAAGAAUCGGCCAGACCCCCGGCUGCAGGAACUUCGGGAAGAGGCUGCCAGCCUUAAGAGCCAUUUCCAGGCUCAGUUGCAGCAGGAAAUGAGGAAGACAGCUCUUGCAGAGGAUCAGCUGCGCCAGCAAUCUCAGCUGGAAGAGCAGAGGGUGGCAGCCCUGGAGAACCAAAUAUCUGAAGUGUCGGAAUUGCUGGGCACCUAUGAGAAAGCCAAGCAGAAGGACCAGCUGGCCAUCCAGAAGCUGAAAGAGCGCAUUCUGCAGCUGGACCUGGAGAACAAGACGCUGGCUCUUGCGGUCUCCAGCCGGUCCCCCUUAGACAGCCAUGCAGAAGAGUCCAGUCUGGAUGUCAAUGUCCUGAAGGACAAGAUGGAGAAGCUGAAACGGUUACUGCAGGUGGCAGCCAGGAAAAGCCAGGUGGCUUUGGAUGUAGAGAAGCUCUGUGACCUGGAAAUAAUGUCCAGCUCUGAGGCUGCUGAUGGGGAGAAGGCUACUGCGCUCUACUACCAACAGGAGCUAAAACAGCUGAAGGAAGAGUUUGAGAGGUACAAGAUGAGGGCCCAGGUUGUCCUCAAGAGCAAGAACAACAAAGAUGGUAACCUGGCCAAAGAGCUGGAGGAAACCCAGGAACAGCUUGCAGAGCUGAAGGAGAAGUAUAUCUCCCUGCGGCUGUCCUGUGACGAGCUCGAGCGCCAGCACCAGCAGGAGGCUGAGGACUGGAAGCAGGAGCUGGCCCGGUUGCAGCAUCACCACCGGCAGGAGCUGGAGCGGAGCCAGCUGGACUUCAGGGACCGCACUCUGAAACUGGAGGAGGAGCUGCACAAGCAGCGGGACCGUGCCCUGGCUGUGCUGGCUGAGAAGGACUUGGAGCUGGAGCAGCUGCGGUCUGUGACCUGGUCUUCUGUGCUGCCAGGACGCAGAAGCCCUGUGGGUGGUGGGGGUCCUGGGGACCCGACUGACAUAGUUUCCCAAGAUAAUCUGACCCAAGCACUUCAACUUGCUGCGGCCAAUGAACCCACUUUUUUCCUGUACGCUGAGCAGUUGGCCCGCAAAGAGGUAGACAUCACAUUGCUGAGGAAGCAGAAACACAGGUUGGAGGUGGAGGUGCAUCAGCUGCAGGAGCGGCUGCUGGAGGAGGGGGAGCGGCACCGAGAGGAGGUUGGCGUCCUGCAGAGCCACAUUGAGAAGAACACCAGGGACCAGAGUAGGGAGGGUGCCAAUCUGGAGUACCUCAAAAACAUCAUCUACCGCUUCUUGACCUUGCCCGACAGCCUGGGCCGCCAGCAGACGCUCACAGCCAUCCUGACUAUCUUGCAUUUCAGUCCAGAGGAGAAACAAGUGAUAAAGCAGCUCCCACACAGUGGUAGCUGGUGGCCUUCUGGCAAGAGAUGAUGUCAUUUUCCCUAACUCCUGAAAUUUCCGUGCCUCUUUUGUGGGAGGAGACAGGCUCUGGUUUCUAUGGCCUAUUCUCUUACCUUACCAUUUUUUUCUUCACUGUAUUGAACUGGGAGGAGUUUUCAAAGUAGGGUUGGAUUUUCUUCCAAAAGCCAUUAAUGCUGCUCUAUCCUUGGGCCAUAGAGAUGUUGGAAGUGUUGGGACAGCAUCUUCUGGCGGUGUGUGUGAGGGGGAAAAGGGGAGAGGUUAGUAUUGAGGUGUAAAAGUUGGGAAAGUGGUGGGAAACUAAUUAAUAAUAAGACUUUUUUGUUUUACUGUUAUGCUCCUAGCACAGAGCUAGGAGUAAAUGUGACUCCAGAGGGGGUAAUUUCUAAACAUGCACAAGGAACACCAUCAAAUUUGAGUCUAGCCCACUGCUGCCCAAUUAUCUGGGGAUAUAAAUCCAGGCUGCAGAGGGACCAGGAUGUUUGAAAUAGUGACAGGAUGUCCACUAGUCCAAAGGGCCAAGGAAGAGUGAGUUCAAACUGGAUCUGGGAAGCUUGGUCUAGUUAGGGCUGGGGAUGACUCAGUCAAUCUGGAUAAAAAACACCACUUUUGAGCACGCUAGAGAAAACCCUGAGCACCAAUUUGAUCUUAGGGAUUUCCUGAAUGACCUGCUUUUGGCCUGGAUAGGGUUAUAAUAGACAUUUCACUGUUGUUCCUGUCUUACCAGCCUGCCUGAGGUUGGCUUGAGAUUGUGAGUGAAUGACUGCUAUCUUUUCUUCACUGUUGAACUUCCAUUAAGAAAAAAAAAAAAAGCGUGGCUUCUUACAGAGAGGAGACUUAUUGGGAAGCUCUGUUCCUGCCCAGAUGCAAGGAAUUAGCCCAGAGAUUUAUAGGAAGAGGGAGAUUUGCUGUAGAGGAUUUUAGACCCUCACAGGAAAGUGGUGGAAGUUCAGCCGGGGUACUUGCUGCUCUGUGGAUAGCAUUUGGGCUAAAUCCCCAGGUCUCUACUAGCAAGGUGUGCGUGGGUUACUAUCACCAGGGUAUUUGCCCAUUCCCUGAGGCAGGUAAUAGAAUUUCAGUCCACAGUCCUGAUCUUCCCACAUGUGUUACUAUGACUUUUUCUCCUGUGGGGUUUCUUACAUUUAGUGUUGCAUAAGUAAAUUCAUUCUGCACUUAUGGAAAGGAGGCUCAUUUUUCAGGCAGUCUGGAAAGCAGGGACUCAGAACAGUCGUUGGGUUCAAACAGUAUCAGUUCCCGUUUGUCCCUUGCCCUUGUCUGCUCUUGCUGGUUAUAGAGAUCUUUGGACCCUAAAGCCCAGUGCUUUGCCACUCACCGGACUAAUCUGUAUCUUUGUUAUUUCAUCAUAGAGCUCUAUUUUGUGAGGGUUUGAGGUGCAGAAGACUGAUUAAAUAUUCUGAUUGGGAGGCUGGGGGAACUGGGCUAUCUACAAACUGCAAACUGUGUGGACGUCAUGGAACAGAAGUGUUCAAAUGUUAGUAACAUAAACCAUGGGAUCAUUAAACCUGAACAAUGACCUGUGUGCUUCCUUAAUAGUAUAUAUUUAUCUGGACAUGGAUAGAGUAAAUGUAAAUGGUAAAUGAAAAGGAUGGAAAUAUUUCAUUAUAUUAAUCCAUAAGCUUGAAUCUAAGGAUGGAUAUCGCUGCUUUAACAAUCUCAAUUACAACACUAAUUUUUUUUUAGCCUGGAAUUAUGUGUGUAUGUGUUCGUGUGUAGGCAGCUACAUUGGAAAAAGAUAUCUCCUGGGUCCCUGGCUGGUUUGGCUCAGCGGUUAGAGAAUCGGCCUGCA